AUGGAGGCUUUGGCAGCUGUCGCCCUGGUAGGGAAUGUCCUCCAGUUCGUUGAAUUCGUCGGCCGACUCUUCAAGCACACAUCCCAGAUCUACGUAUCGGCGUCGGGCCUCGCACCCGGGGACCUCCAUGUCCAAGAUAUCUGCAAAAAGUUUGACUCGUUCAGCGCGCAGCUCCAGUCAAUACCUUCAAGCUCGAGUGCGCCGCCAGAUCUCCAAGAUUGUGCUGCCGCUUGCAAGAAGGACUGCGAUGACUUACUUGCCAUCAUGAGAGUUCUAGCUGCCAAGAAGGGUAACUCACAGAGACCUUGGAAGAGCUUCUCGGCUGCCCUGUCUUACAAAAUGAAGGCAGGGGAUAUCCAAGACUUGAAGAGAAGGAUCAAAAACCGCCAGCAUCUCAUGUCCCUCAUGCUAUCCGAAAUGCUCAACGAGAGGGUCCGGGUGAUGAGCAACGAAAUCUCAGAGCUCCAGUCAACCAUCACAGUCUGGACAACCAGAACCGAUGCCUGGUAUCACAGGCUUUUAGACAUACAGCAAAGUAUCAGCCAACAAAUCAAUACACUCAGCCAACAAAUAAAAACGCCCGAUCGUCAGGAAAAUACACCCCAAGGCGCCAUUGAGAGCAUUUGCUCCGAAUUAAGGGGUCUGUCAAUUGACACCCAAGAGUGCCAGCAGACCAUGGACAUCUUGAAUUCUCUCGACUACGAAGAACGUCCGAAACGGCACAGCAACAUCUCCAAGGCUCAUAGAACUACAUUUGCGUGGGGAUUGCGACAAGACGACCCGGGCGAGAGCCAAGGGCCGUCGGGGUCUUUUCGUCGCUGGCUGAGCGGGAACUCUAAUCUCUUCUGGGUCUCGGGAAAGCCAGGAUCUGGUAAAUCGACCUUUAUGAAGUUUGUCGCCGACCAUAAGAAGACCCCAGAGUGUCUACAACAGUGGGCUGGGCAUGGAGAACUCGUGCUGGCCAGGCACUUCUUCGCCAUCUACGGGACAGCCAUCCAGAGGUCUCUGGAAGGGCUCCUGAGAUCACUUUUGCACAACAUCCUGGAGGGGGAGCCGAAAUUAAUGCAAAAGCUACUACCGGUCCGGUGGGCAAGAACGUCAAAGCAACCUCCCUGGACACAUUCCGAGCUCGAGUCCGCACUGCGAGAUGUCGCCAACGCGCACCUUUCGGUCCACAUGUGUUUCUUCAUUGACGGGCUGGACGAGUACUCGGGCGAUCAUCUCGAGAUCUGCCAAGCUCUCAAGGGACUGUCUGAGUCACCUUUCAUCAAGGUCUGCGUGUCUAGUAGACCGUGGAAUGUGUUUGAAGAUGCCUUUGGCGCCUCGAGAGAGUCUAAAUUAUACAUACAUGAGCUCACCCAGGAAGAUAUCCUUAAUUACACCCAGGCUCGCCUUGAGGAACACCCUCGAUGGGGUCUCGUCUCUAGCAGCCCAAAUGCUGCAGAGUCGCAGUCUCUGAUUGACGAAGUUGUCGAUAAAUCUAUGGGUGUGUUUCUCUGGGUUUUCUUGGUCACUCGGCUUCUGCGCGAGGGCCUUAGUAACGAUGAUAGCUUCUCAGACCUGAGAAGAAGAGUAUCGAGCUACCCGGACGACCUGGAGCAAUUCUUCAAACACAUACUAGGAUCCGUGGACCCAUUCUACCACGAGAAAAUGGCGGGCACUCUAAUGAUUGCCCGCGAUGCAGAAGAGCCUCUAGCGACUGAGAUGUUCAUGUUCCACGAUCAUGAAUACGACGAUGAGGAUUAUGCGCUGCACGAUCCAGCUGAUCACGAACGGCUCGACAAUAACUGCCGGGAAGCGUCUAUCUCGGUCUCUCGUCGCAUCAACGGGAGGUGUAAAGGUCUUUUGGAAUGGCAAGACGGUACAAUGGUCUUCUUGCACAGAACCGUCUUUGACUUUUUACGCACACCUGAGAUGACUAGGUUUCUCCGGGAAAAGGCCAAGACCAACUUUUGCCCUCAUCUUUCGCUGCUGAGAGCCCGACUUGCCUGGUUGAAAAGGACCGUUUUCACCCAAAAUGCCCUUGGCAAGAAAGAGCCUGAUCUGAUGGAGGACGUGCCCGGCUUCGUUCAAAGCUUGCGCGAGGCGGCCCGAUACGCGCGCCUGGCUAGCGGCGAGGGUGGAAACAUAGAAGUUGCAACAACAGCUCUUCUCGAUAAUGCUGAACUUGGGAUAGCGAAAAUGGUUAGAACAGGUCAGAUUCCAGGCUCAGAUGAGUCGACAGCAGUGGGAGCCUAUCGUCUGCUGCUUCUCGAGGGCAGGGUCGGUGACUACGUGGACAGCAAACUCUCCAUGCCUAGGUACCUCAGAAAUUCUUACGCAAACAAGCAUCGUUCACCACUCUGUUUUGCUCUCGGCAUGGCUCCUCGCCCCUCAUCCAGCGCUUCUGUCAGCCUCGAGAUCAACCCGCCGCUACUGCAGACUCUUCUCGAUUCUGGUCACGACCCGAACGAAGUAUAUGGCGAAGACACCUUUUGGACUAGAUUUGUUGAGUUUUACACUCGCGAAUUGGGCACGCUUUCCCGUAUAGAUAUGCUUGGUAUCGCGCUGGAGAGCGGCAUCUUGGAGACGUUGCUCCGCCAUGGCGCAGACCCAACAGCCUAUGUACCUCUUGCAGGUAAUUACAAGGUCCCUUUCUGGUUCCACCUCCUCCUCAUCGCGCCGCAUAUGCAUUCGCACCACCGGCCAACGUUUGAGAGAAUUUGGGGCCUCACGCUCAAACGCAUCCCGGUCUUGAGUCAGGCAAAGUUCCUCGAAAGGGUCGACGGGCCGCCCCCGGGCGGAAAACUGUGGGCUUCCCACAGCCUCUGGAGUUCUAUGCGGCGCAUGACUUUUGUGCGGGGGACUCUAGGACCGCUUAAGAACGACACAUUUAUUCUCAGGAUAUUUGCCAGAGUUCUGAAGCGGGUUCGUGAUAGUCGGCAGGUAUAUAGACAAUGCUGGCACUGGUUCGCGCGAUCCCUUGGGGUUGACUCCCAUGAGUUUGGACAGAAGCUCUCAUCAAUCAAGCAGGAACAGGUCAACUCUAGAAAACGGCGGCUCGAGGGGGAGGGGGAGGGACCAAGUGAAGCAACUAGACCAGAAGGUUCGCGUAGACGCAUAGCUUAG